GUACGGUAUACUUCUAAUUAUUAUGUCUAACUAGUAACUACUGAAAACCCGGGGCUAAAUCGUAUUUCGUGGAGAUCAGUCGUGGCUUUGUGAUCACAUUUCAAUUAUAUACCUAUGUAUCAAUUUAAUUCAAUUUUUAAUUAAAUAUUUAAAUCAAUUAUCUGUCUAAUUGUUGUUUUGAAGAAUUAUAUUAAGACGGAUAUGUGAGAAAGUAGUCUACGAUGGAUGACGACACUAUUGAUAAAUUUUCCAGUCAAUCUGUAUACGAUCAUGAUGGUUGUGAAAAGACACCACUUUAUGCUAAAAAUAACAAUGAAAAAGCUCUACUUAAAUUAAUUGUAGGUUUUUGUAUGGUAUUUUGCAUUGGAUUAUUAAUUAUUUUAUUAAUUCACAUUCAUUAUGGAUCACAUCAGUUAGUACCUCAUGGAAAUGUAGCAAGUGAUAAUGAUCAAUGCUCUCAACAUGGAAUUGAUGUGCUCAAAAUGGGCGGUAAUGCAGUUGAUGCAGCAAUUACUGCUGCAUUAUGCAACUCUGUAGUACUCCCUCAUCUUUCAGGAUUAGGAGGAAGUGGUGUUAUGGUGGUGUACGAUCAUCGAACUGGUACAGGAAAUACAAUUGAUUUUAGAUCUACACAUAGUUCACAUAAUAUUAUCGGAGUACCAGGUUUUUUAGCAGGAUUGUUUUAUGCUAAUGUAAAAUAUGGAAUUCUUCCUUGGAAGACACUAGUUGAACCUUCCAUAAACCUGGCAAAGAUGGGCAUAACUGUUACAGAAAGUUUACUUGAAGCAAUUAAUCAGAAUACCACUGAGUUAGUUAAAGACGAUAACCUUAAACGUUGGUUAUCCGCGGUAUCAACUAGAUCACCUGGUCAAAUAGUUAAAGCACCAAAUGGUCUUAUAAAAACUCUCACCUCAAUAUCUUUACACGGACCCAUUGAAUUUUAUAAAGAAAUGUCUAAAGAAUUGGAGCCUACCUUAAAGCCAGAUGAUGUAAUUAGUUACCAACCGCUUAUUUUACCAGUAUUAAAACAAAAUUUUAUGAACUAUUGCAUUAUAACUUCAAAUAAUGGUACUGGAGGACCAAUUUUACUGGAAGUAUUAAGUAAAAUCAAUAAUACUAAUACAAAUGUUGAAGAUCUAUCAUUAUUGAAUAGCUUUAAAAGUACGCAAUUUGGACAUUUAAAAUGUAUUAAUUAUUUAAUAUAUUUCAUGAUAAUUUGUAUUGGUUUAGGAGAUAACUGGAAUCAAAAUUCAGGAUUACAAACUUCUACUACAGAUGCUUUUGAUCUUUAUGUAACUAUUAUAAGUGGUCUUGGUUCUGUUUUUGGAUCCCAUAUUUUAACUAAUUCUGGUUAUAUAUUGAAUAAUAUUUUGGAUUCAAAUCUUAAAGAUCAUAUGAUAAAUCAAACAGAACGAGUAACAUCGUUGUACUUACCAGUUAUUGCUGUAGAAACAGGAAAUAUAUGUGGAAGAAGAUUAAUCUCAGGUGCUGCUGAUGUACGUGAUGGUACUCAAUUACUUUUAUCAAUGUUAAAAACAGAUCCACAAGACAUAUUAAGUGUUAAUAAUAUUCCUCGUUUUCGUUUAAAAAAUAAUGAUGUUGCAAUUGAAUAUCCAACUAAUAUAACUAAACAAUUUUCAGAACUAUUGUUAAGUAUUGGAUUUAAUUUAUCUGAAGCAACUUUGCCUUAUCCUACUUCUAAUAUAGUACAAAAAAAGGGAGAUAAAUCUGUUGCUUUCUCUGAUUCUCGUGGAUCUGGGAAAUCUUAUUCUUUAUAGUAUACAAAAAUUAAUUGUUAAGUAAAUGUUAAGCAACUUUUUGUAUGUUAUACUAUAAAAUUUAUAUUUAUUUAUUCGGGCCUAUAUAUAAUAAAUACAUAAUAUAUUAAUGUACAAGAUCUAAUAUAUUUAAUGUUUUUUUUAUUGUAAUAAGUUUGAAAUAUAAUUGAUUGUUAAUCGGUAUAGUGUGGGGUUACAGAGUUAUUAUCAAUAUAUGAUGAGUAAUUGUAA